GUACACAAAUAUGUCAAUGUUUGCCUAAAUAAUACCGUGCCGUGCUGACAAAUUUGGGACUCAAUUUAAUUAAAUAAAUUAAAAAGGUAAUUCCUUUUUUUACCAUGCGCACACUACUCCUAAGCAAGGCGGAUGAGCUCUACUUGGAGAAAUGCGCACAGGAGCACCGGUUCUCGUACGGCAUCAUCAUCGGCCAUCAAGCCGAUCUGUCCAAAACGUUUGUAGUCCAUUUGGCCAGAAAUAACGAAGAAGAUGCCGAUCUGGAGGACCUGACUGAGGUCGGACUGACCAUAAGCGACAUCAGUUCGCAGGCGUUGGCCUCCCAAUGGCUGAGCGCAAGCAAAAUGUGUCCCGGCUCAUUUGACGUCAUCGGAAUCUUCGUUGCCUCAACCACUGACCAGAGCUCCGAAAUAAAGACGGCCAAAAAACUGUUCUCUGAUGUCUACGACAUUCUAUUGAAAAGCAAUAAGUCUUUGGGGAUAUACACCACCGAUGUGGCGCAGAGCGACUACGUAUUCCUCUCGUACUCCUUGGCCAACAAGCAAGUGCUGUGCAAGAGUUACACCUACGGCAACGGCGGUACCUUCUCCAACAUGGAGUACAAGUUUGUGGAGAAGCCGUUCGAGUGGAUACAGCUGGAGUGCAUGUACGACUUGGAAGACAUCCUACCCAUUGUGAAUACGGCGCGUCGGAUCAACAUUGAGGACCAGUUUCAGAAUAUUAUUCUGGCAUUUCGCAAAAACAUUCUCGUCAGCGAGGUGUUUCUGCAGAACGAGAUCGUCGAGGACACCAUCGACCUGCAGACGUACAUCAAGAAGAGGAAAAGCAAAGAGGAGAAACUCAAGGCGGCAUCGAGUAACGCUACAACCCCGUCAUCGGAGGCAUCGGAGGCUCUGCAUUUGCUGAACUCUCAAGGAUUCCUUGGCGGAUCUGAGAUCAUUCGUGCCAGCAUUUUGCUGCCGGUGAAGUGUCAGCUCGCCAAGCCCACAGACAUUAAGGUGCGCGAAUUUAACGGCACUCUGCGCACGAGCGGCAUCAUCACCACGCGCAUCUUUUGCAGUCCACGCAACAGCAUCGCGGAUGCGAAGCGCUUUCUGCGCGAUGACAUUCUGCGCUCAUUGACCACGCGCAUCCAAGUCUACUGCGAUGGCCUCACGGACCCAUACGCCACCAGCGAAGCCAUCUUUAUAAGCGAGCCGCCCCGUCGAGUGUUCUUCAGCCUGCCCUCAGAGGGCCCCAGCACAUCUGGCGGCGUCACUGUGCAGUUCUCCGAAUACCUGUUCCGUGGUGAGGCCCCCACCGUGGUUGUGGCACAAGCCAAGCAAAUACUGGACGUAGAACUGGACCCCGAAGCAAUUGGCAUGGAUGCCGAGGGUCUGCCGGACGAUGUACCCAUCCAGACGAGCCAAGACCAAGCAGACGACACGCGCAGCAUGGCCAGCUCGAUGCCAAAGCCGGAGCUGUCGCGCAGCCUCUAUAUGGUGGGCAUUGCGGUUGCUCUUCUGGUGCUGCUGACGUCGGUGGCGCUGCACUACAUGUUGACUGAUAAAUAGGCAGCUGAGAUGCCAAUCGGUUGGUUGGUGGGUUCAGCCAGCCAGCCAGCCAGCCUCCCCCCCCCCCCCCCCUUAUACAUAUAUGUAGAUCUUUGUACGGAAUGUUUUUAUAUACAGAUAUACUAUUAUUUGCAAGUGUGCGCACGCACGCACUCACCUCUCUCUCUUGUGAUCGUUUGUUUUUAUAAUCAAUUGUGUACUCGUAGUGGUAGAAAAACAAAACAAAAAGAAUGUGUAUAGAGGUCACGUUAAAUAGUUUUAUUGUGGAAACAAAAGUGUGCGGCAUUUAACACCAAUAAAUAUAAACUAAUGCGUAAUGUA